AUGAGUCGUCCAAGUCGCCUCGUUCUUCUUCUUUCCCUUAUUCUGAUUGGAGAUUCAGUUGCCAAUGAUUACAACAACCCGAGUUCCCAUCAACCAACUGUAACAUCUUCACCAAUUCAUGUAUCUGAGCAGCAAUCAGUUCGAAACUACCAGCAACAGCAGCAACAACCGUCAGUGCUGACUCAAUCUUAUCAAGUAUUGCCAGAGUCAAGAAACUACUAUCAAUAUCCACAGUAUCUUCCAACUCAUCAUGGUUAUUCAAACAUUCAAACUGUUGGACAACCAUAUCAAAUGUACGGAUCAUCUUCUGGCUCCAAUUCGGCAUCAAGCAUUGUAUCGGGUGGAAACUCUGAAGGAUACGGAUACUCAGCUCAAUCUCCUAUUCCAACACUCGCUCCUACUCCAGUCACUGUUCCAGAACGUCAUCGUCCUUACUCUCCUUCCCCAACUCCUGCAUCUCCAUUCUCUGAAAACCGCGAGCGUGAGAGCCAACACGGUCGUGCUCCAGGACAUCAAGCUCCGUCGUCUCAAGGACGAAGAUUCCCAGCUCCACCACCAUCUCCCUUCAUGAUUCAUCCAAAACCUGUUCUCUCGUACGGAGCUGCUAAUCCAUUCCUUGCCAAUUUGCCACCAGCUCAAGGUGUUUACGGUUCUCCAGUUGAAUCUUCUCACAGAGGUGACGCAAUUCGAGCAUUUUCUGAGCUCAAUCCCGAGAUUGCAGGUUACGAUGGAUCGUCUGGCGCCGCUCCAGCUCCACCCCCAGGAUCCUCUGCAUCGGUCGAUGACACAUGGGAAGCAUUGGAAGCAUCGAUUGAUGCUAACACCAGAAGACGUCAUCGUAACUUCUAA